AGAAGGAGGGGGCGCUGUUAUUGUUGCCGCUGCUCGCUGCCUGGUUGGCGGAGGCCGGGAGACGAGAAGAACCGGUCCUCGGACACACACAUAAGCUGGGGCGGGAAGAGAAGGGUCACCGGGGCGGAGAACCCGAGGAGAUACUACCGGCUGUGGGAGGGGAUCUCUCCAUCAACUUCCUGCCUUCCGAGGAUUUGUUUUCCCGGAUCUCGGACUGCCUGCUGCUCGGACUGACCCAGAGGGAGGUGGGCGCGAGGCUGGAGGCGCCGCAGGACACAGCCUGACGGCGAAGAUUAAACUGCUGGAUUAGACUCUGGGAGGGAGUCUUUCUUCAGAGGCAGCUCCUUGCCAGCACAAGAGGAAGGAGAGAUGUGAGAAGAGAUUGGGAAUGUAAUCGUGUGGUGGCAAUCUGUUAAGCGGCCCGGAUCGGAGUGCGAAGAAGCAAUGGGAAUUGGAGGCCAUGGUAACCUGACAUAAAUGGCAGGUUGGAGGCGAUCUCACCUCUUUGCGUCCUACUUUUACUGUCUUCUACUGUGCUGUUGCGGCUGCUCCCCCGAGGAACGUGGUGUCUUGUCGUUGUGUAGUCAUAGGCCACACAUCAAGCAGUCUAGGUGAAUGCUGUAGGCAGGUGAGGUUUUUGGCCUCACCAUGGUUUAUCUAUGGAAACUGGUUCGGCACAUGCGACAGCUGGAACUCCACCGAUUGAUCCUACUGUUGAUUGCUUUCAGUUUAGCUUCCAUGUGUUUUUUGGCUUACUAUGUGACCAACAGCCCUAAAAUCAAGGAGCCUCCCCCUUUACCCUUUAGUGACUGCAGCAGUCAGCAGAGGAUUGUGGUUCAGCCCCAAGCAAGCUGGCGGAUAGCCAAAGCUGUGGACACCUCCCGCACUGAACCAGUGGUGUUGGUGUUUGCAGAGAGCAUAUACUCUCAGCUCGGACAGGAGAUUGUGGCUAUAUUAGAACAUGGCCGAUUUAGGUACAGGACAGAAAUAGCUCCUGGUAAGGGAGAUAUGCCAACUCUGACCGACAAAGACCGGGGUCGUUAUGCUCUGAUCAUUUAUGAGAACAUCUUGAAAUAUGUGAAUCUGGAUGCUUGGAACAGGGAACUGCUGGACAAGUACUGUGUGGAAUAUGGAGUUGGGAUCAUUGGUUUCUUUAAAGCCAACGAAAACAGCUUACUAAGUGCUCAGCUCAAAGGCUUCCCGCUCUUCCUACAUUCCAAUCUGGGAUUGAGAGACUACCAUAUUAAUCCUAAUGCUCCACUUCUGUAUGUGACCCGAGCUAAUGAAGUGGAGCAGGGUCCUCUUCCUGGAGAUGACUGGACAGUAUUUCAGUCUAACCACAGCACCUACGAACCUGUACUGUUGGCUAGCACCAAGUCUGCCGAAUCCAUUCCCCAUCUUGCUACGCACAAAGCACUUCAUGCCACUGUCGUGCAGGACUUGGGUCUUCAUGAUGGUAUCCAAAGGGUACUGUUUGGAAAUAAUCUUAACUUUUGGCUGCACAAACUCAUAUUUGUUGACGCCAUUGCCUACUUAACUGGCAAGAGGCUCUGCUUAACACUUGACCGAUACAUUUUGGUUGACAUUGACGAUAUAUUUGUUGGCAAAGAAGGAACUCGAAUGAAAGUAUCAGAUGUUGAGGCUUUGCUGAACACUCAGAGCAAGCUAAGGACUCUAGUGCCGAAUUUCACCUUCAAUCUGGGCUUCUCUGGGAAGUUCUACCACACAGGCACAGAUGAGGAAGACCAGGGGGAUGACAUGCUUCUCAUGCACAGGAAAGAAUUCUGGUGGUUCCCUCAUAUGUGGAGCCACAUGCAGCCUCACUUGUUCCAUAACGUCACUGUCCUCGCAGAGCAGAUGAGGCUCAACAAGCAGUUUGCCCUGGAACAUGGUAUCCCCAUAGACUUGGGAUAUGCGGUGGCACCCCAUCAUUCUGGAGUUUACCCUGUACAUAGUCAACUUUAUGAAGCUUGGCAAUCUGUCUGGAACAUCCAUGUCACCAGCACAGAGGAAUACCCUCACUUGAGACCUGCCCGCCACCGGAGAGGAUUUGUCCACAACAACAUCAUGGUUUUACCCCGACAGACGUGUGGACUUUUCACUCAUACUAUAUUCUACAAUGAGUAUCCGGGAGGUUCGAAAGAGCUUGACAAGUCCAUCCGCGGUGGGGAACUGUUCCUGACCGUUCUGUUGAACCCGAUCAGCAUCUUCAUGACACAUCUUUCUAACUACGGCAAUGACCGCCUGGGGCUUUACACAUUUGAAAGCCUAGUAAAGUUUGUGCAGUGCUGGACCAACCUCAGACUACAGACUCUGCCGCCCGUCCACCUUGCAAAGAGAUAUUUUGAGAUCUUCCCCCAAGAGAAGAACCCACUGUGGCAGAACCCAUGUGGCGACAAGAGGCAUAAGGACAUCUGGUCAAAGGAGAAGACGUGUGACAGGUUGCCCAAGUUUCUUGUUGUUGGGCCCCAAAAGACUGGUACAACCGCCCUGUACUCCUUCCUCAACAUGCACCAGGCUGUCACCAGCAACUUCCAGAGCCCUGUCACCUUUGAAGAAAUUCAGUUUUUCAAUGGUAUAAACUACCACAAAGGCAUUGACUGGUACAUGGAUUUUUUCCCCAUGCCCUCUAAUGCCAGCACAGACUUCAUGUUUGAGAAAAGUGCAAACUACUUUGACUUAGAAGUGGUACCAAAACGCGCAGCUGCUCUCCUGCCCGGAGCCAAGAUUAUCGUCAUCCUGAUUAAUCCUGCCGAUCGGGCCUAUUCUUGGUACCAGCACCAGCGAGCACACAGUGAUCCAGUGGCAAUCAACUACACCUUUGCUCAAGUCAUUAUGGCUGGUUUACAUGCGCCACAUGAACUGAAAAAUCUGCAGAGCCGCUGCCUGGUGCCUGGUUGGUAUGCUACUCACCUGGAGAGAUGGCUGACCCACUACCCAACGAGCCAGCUUUAUAUAGUGGAUGGCCAAGAAUUGCGUAACAACCCAUCUGCAGCCAUGGAUGGUGUCCAGAAGUUCUUGGGAGUGACUCCUCAUUUCAAUUACACACAGGCCCUCAAGUUUGAUGAAGCAAAAGGAUUCUGGUGUCAGGUGAUAGAUAAUGGGAAAACCAAAUGCCUUGGAAAAAGCAAGGGUCGCAGAUACCCAGAAAUGGAGCCUUCGUCCCGGAGUCACCUUGCAGACCUUUAUCGGGAAAACAACAUUGAACUGUCCAAGUUGCUGAACAGACUGGGGCAACCUUUGCCAACAUGGCUACGAGAAGAACUUCAGAAUUCCAGCAGAAGCUGAGUUCGGUCUCCAGAAGGAGAGCUUUCAAUGCAAAACAAGUUGGAGAACGACCUCUCUUGACAAUGUUUUGUGUAUGUGAUUGUCAGCACAACUGUUCAUCGUUCUUUCUGGGAGCAGUUCAUUGCUGUGGAAUGUGGACCCCUUGCACUGCAAUGAUUAACAGAACCAAUCUCACCAUGACUAUGCCUGGAACUGAACAAGCAAAGCCACUGGUUAGAAAUACAACUUAUGUAUUUAAGUGUUAACUGUUUAUAAUGUCAGAUCUUCAGCCCCAAGCAAUGUAAUCACUCAACAUUUAGCCUGUACAGGCCAGGAUCUAAGGGGCAUUAACGGACCUAGCAAGAUUGCAAUUUAACCUCAUUUUCAGAUCCCCUUCCAAUGAUAUUCAUACCUUGGAAGACUGGAUACUUGAUCUCCUGGCUGAAAGGUUUCUUCAAGCUGUGGAAAAAGAGUAUUUAAGUCCAUUUUCUCCCAGUGUAUGUGUGAACAAGCCUCAGAGCUCUCGGUCUUCUCUGUACCAUCCCUGCAAUCAAGUCUUCUUGUACACUAUUUUCCCAUGAUUGCCUACAGGCUGUGAACAUUGAUUUCGCUGGCAUGCUGUGUUGUUACAAAAACAUGGCUCGACUGGUUCCAUUUUGCCUUGUUGAACAGUUAGACUCAGGCAGUGACUCAGCCCUUAUGCCCCGUUAGCGGAGUUGCAGAGCAAAAUCUGUCUGAGCAGAGUGGUAAAUUACCUGUAAAUCUGAUUACUGUCGGCUAGCUGUAUAUCUGAGUGUUUUUUCUGUAUGAAUAUUUUCACACUGGGCUGUCCAUUUAUAAGAACAGCUGAUUGGUAUUUGUCAGGUAAACGCUACAGUAUUAACUCCAUGCAUUACAUGUAAAUAGAUGAAUUUAGUACAUGACUACUAGUUAUGUGCUACAUGUAUUGGAAUAUGAUUUUAAGGUUUUUGGGUUGUUUUAUUUUAAGGGGUAAGUAAAGUGAGAAGACUACAACUCCCAAUGUACCCUUUUAAAGACUAAGUGGAAAAUCCUUGUUGGAUUCUCUGGCUGCUAGGAAGGUCCAGGUUAUUAUCUUCACCCAGUCAUUGCAGCAGUUGGACAGUGGAGGGCAGUGUAAGUUCUUUAGACAUUUAAAAGGGUUUUUUCUGGGAUCAGUAUAGGCAACUCCUAUCAUAUUGGGGGAGUCAGACUCUCAAGGCUGUGGCUGAUCAGCUGUUUUAUCUGAUUAUUAGUGAUAGAGCAGAAUGAGCUAUUUCUUGGUCAGUAAAGAAGAGGCCACAGCCCCUUCAACCAGCUGAUUGACUGGGCUGCCAAGAAUUAGACUCCCACCAAUCUGAUAAUGAAGACCUAUCCUAAAGCUGGGGGAGGGGGAGAGAGAAACCUUUAACCCAAUAAAUGUUAGAUUUUGCACAAUUAACAUUCCAUGAAAUGUUAGAAAUUCCAUGGAUUUGGAUAUUAAUGGAAACAUGUGACCUUUCCCAUGUAGUUAGCAGCACUUUGCUUUUUAUUUUUCUCACACGAGUUUUUAAUCGUCUGUCAUUCCACAGCAAAAGCCUGUGUUUUAAGGUUCAGCUCUACACAAUAUUGUGCGUCUUAACAGAAUAUGAGGAGAGGGAGAGCAGAUGGAUAAGGGGCAUUCCUACACAAGCUUCUUAAGUUAAUCUGUAGGUAUUGUGUAUUUUGUACAAUGGUCCAUUUACUCUUGUAUGUUCAAAUGUAAAUAGUAUGCAAUAUAGUAUUUUAUGCCAUGUACCUUUUUUGAGCGGGUUAGAAAACUGUACAACCAAAUACUUAAACAUAAGGAAAAAAGAUACAUGUGGCAUUUUGUCAACAACCCCUCUGUCCCCCUACUGCACUGGACCCUCAUGUAUUGUGUCAUUCACAUUGAAUGAUGAUAAUGGAGAAAUUUUUGGCUCUCGUAGCUGAACACAUCGAAAUAAAAGCUAGAAGUAGCAUUCGUGGAUUCACUAAA